AUGGCUUCCCUCAUGGACAGCAGUUCACUGCCGGCUGCUGGCAAUGCGCCACACGCCUUAUCUGCGUCACCGUCCGAACCGGAGUCCGGUGUGCGGUCCGCUGGUCGCACCGGCCCCGCCUCGGGCAAGACCAAAGGCACCCGGGGGGCUGCGUCUGCCGCCAACAAGCCGGUGAAGGCGUCCAAAACAAAGACGCCCAAUGGCGCCAACAGCGAACACCGCAAGGAGCAGAACCGCAUUGCCUCGCGGAACUAUCGGGAAAAACGGAAGCACAAGCUGGCUCUGCUGCAGCAGAUCCUCUACGAUCCAUCAGCUAGCGACAGUGUAACCGAGGCGGCCGCUGCCGCAUCGACGCCAGUGCCCGCACCUGCACCUGCACCUGCACAUACGACUGUGCAACCUGCGUUUGGACCGUACACAGACGGUACAGCGCCCUCGCUGGCCGAUAGCCUGGACGAGUUGACGGGCAUCUUGCCCGACUUCCAGCCCAUCAUAUCUGGCUUGAUCUCCUCGAACAUGCUGCCGCCAGAGACAGCAACGACGUCAGACACCGCAGCAGCCUCCAUAGACGCAACGGCCGCUGCACAGGAAGCGCAGCCCUCGGACGACUUCGCGGCCUGGGCUGCCUCUAAUCUGCCAGCGGCGAUCGCGGCAAACUCACCCCGCGCCAAAAGCUCCGCUACUCCACCGUCUUCGUCGUCGUCCACGUCUGCAUCUGCAUCUCGAUCUACAAAAGCCACCGUGCCCACGCUCUCCACAUCCUCUGCCACCACAUCUGAGUCUCUUCUUGAUUUGCCUAUGCUCCAGCCGUGGCUCAUCCCCUUCUCCAGUGACCAGAACAGCUUUACGCCCUUCCUCACGAAUGCGACACCAAACAACGGCGUGACGUCUUCCUCCUUUUCGGCAUUUACGCCGGCGGACAUCGCUGCUGCUGUUGCACCUGCCUCAUCAACGCCAAAAGCCCGCUCACAACCAAUGCCGAGCGGCUCAACGGUGCUCGAGGUGGACGACCUUGACGAGACGUUUGACCCGGGCGUGGACGUCGACCAGUUUAUGACCGGCACCGACAGCCACCAGCAACACGGCAACGGCGUAUUCUCAAGCUUGCUCUCGCGGCCCGACUGGUCCACGUCAUAUUAUGCCGCCCAGAGCUACCAGAACUUACACGGUACCUUCGCGUCGGGGCCCCAGCCUACCUCACUUGCUGGCGCCGCCAUGCCGCUGCCCCAGCCGACCACAAGGCCCAGCACAACAACACUCCCUUCCCGCCCCUCGCCGCGCCCCCUCUCCCAGACACUCGCACCGCCCUCGGCGGCCGCAGCCACGUCGUCACCAUCCGCGCUGCCACCAAACGUCUUGCCAUCCGCCAUCGCCUCGCCCGCAGCAGUAGCAGGCGAACCGUCGCGGAAGACACGCAAGAAAAACCGGCCCGUGGUUCGCGCCAUGUUACAAUACGUCCAGACGCUCUCACCGCACCAGAAACGGCUCAUUUUGCAGGCUCUUUUGGACGGAGAGGGCGGUGGCGGCAGCGGCGGCGAGGGCGAAGGAGCGGACGGCGGCGACGGCACGGCCGAGCUGGGUGACGGCGAUGACGAGCGCGUGGAGGAGGUCGAGAAUGCCGGCGACGACAGCGACGGCAGCAACGACGGGACAAGCAAUACGAGUGGCAGCGGUACGGGCAAGGGCGCACCCAAGAAGACGGCUUUCAUCUCGCGGCGCGAGGAUCGCUUCCGCCAAGUUGUCGCCCGCUGGAACAACGGCCGUUUUGCGGGCCCAGCAGGUGGGGGCCCAGCGGCGGGUACUUCCUUUUCGUCGUCAUCGUCUUCGCCGUUUUCUGGCACCUCGACAACAGACGCGGCCAGCUAUGCCGCGUUGACCCUCAGCAGCUACGACAGGCCCAACGGCUUGACCAGCGCCAUCCACAAUCAACCGCCACCCAGCGGCAUCUAUGGCACCAGCUUUGGCGCGGAUCCCAUGGCCGGGUCCUAUUUCCCCGUCCCGGUCAUGUACAUGAACCUACAGUGCCGCCGCAUGGGCUUCCGUGCCGCCGUCUGGCAAAACUGCCUCGCCUGCGGCCUCGCGAAUCCGGACGCCUUGUUUGACGAAGCCGCCUGCUACGACGAGGAGCUGGAGCCGCAGAGCCCCUUUGCCCUCCAGGCCGACGAGGCGCGCGCCGUCGUGCUGCAGGGCGCGAACCGCAUUACCGCGGCCGUCACGGCCGUGCGCCAGAACCUAGCCCGCGCCGGAAAGACCCCGCCGCGCGACCUGCAGCCGGUCGACGCCCAGAUCCUCGUGGCCCACCAUCCGUACCUGGACGUCAUCCCGUUCCGCGGGUUCCGCGCGCGCGCACUGGCGCUGCUGGCCGAGAUGGAGGCGGCCGAGGAGGUGGCGGCCGCGGUGGCCGCCAACAACAACGCCGACGGCGUGGGCACGCCACCGGGCAGCAGCCGCAACGAGACGCCGUGUCUCUUGGACGAGGACGAGCUCUGCUACGACAUGAACGUGGCCGAGGGGUUGGUGUGCUGGGGCUCGCAGACGGGCAACGACGGCGCAGGCUUGUCGUCGCAGGCGAAGCGAGACAGUGGCUCGGCACGGGACAUGCGGGCGUGCCUCCCGUGGGACAUGCGCAGCUGGGAGCCGCAGGUAUGGUUCCUGAAAAAGUACUGGUUCCUGGUCGGCGGCUGGGACGACGAUAUGUGGCGCAACUGCCGGUGGUGGCACAGCAUGCGCGGCGAUGAACUGGACUAUUCUGUGUUUGCGUUGCCCGGAUAUUAA